AUGGAUCCAUUGACUGAUGAGAUGAAUGUUACAUUUAUAACUUUUGGUGGGCAUGUAGAGCUGCACAAAUACAGAUUUCUCUAUUUUACAAUCAUGUUUAUUGUAUAUGUUCUAAUAAUCUGCAGUAACUCGACCAUCUUGAGCCUCAUCUGGGUUCAGAAAAGCCUCCAUAAGCCUAUGUACAUUUUCAUUGCAGCUUUGCUUUUUAAUUCGCUUCUUUUCAGCACCAACAUCUACCCAAAACUUUUGAUUGAUUUUUUAUCUGAAAAGCAGAUCACAUCUUUAUCUCUAUGUAAUUUGCAAAGUUUUACCUAUUACUCACUAUGCGGCGCUGAGUUCUUACUGCUAUUAGCCAUGGCUUACGACAGGUACGUGUCUAUAUGUAAUCCCCUGCAAUAUGUGAUCAUUAUGAGAAAACAAAAUGUGAUUGUUUUGUUGAUUUUAGCUUGGCUUUUACCUGCCUGUCAGCUUGUGCCAUCGCUUUUUAUCAGUAAGAGUUACAGAGUGUGUCACUUAACUUUAAAUGGGAUUUUCUGUAAUAACGCAAUUUCCCAACUUUUUUGUAUAAACUCAAGAACACCAUAUAUUUUAUAUGGUGUGUUUAUUGCACUUAAUACAAUAUUUUUACCAAUAAUUUUUAUAUUAUUUACUUACACAAAAAUACUGAUAAUAUCAUUCAAAAGCUCAGCAAAUAUGAGGAAAAAAGCUGCAAAGACCUGUUCCCCUCACCUGCUUGUUCUGAUCAGCUUCUCUUGCUUGUGUUCAUAUGAUAUUGUUAUAGCCCGACUGGAAAUUAACUUGGACAGGACUGCACGUUUUAUUUUGACUUUACAGGUGGUUUUGUAUCAUCCCCUCUUUAAUCCAAUAAUAUAUGGUUUGAAGAUGGAAAAAAUCUAUAGACACCUCAGAAGGAUUUUUUCUCAUGACAAAGACAAAAUUAAUGUCUGA